AUGGCAGAAGAUAUAAUGGUUUAUACUAUUACGACUAAAAACCCUGAGUCAUAUAAUUCUAUAACAACAAACUUACAAAGUCCUCAAGGACGAUAUUGUAAACUAACUUUAAACACAAUGACGACUAAAGCCUGUUUUGCUCUUUUGACACCAGAAGACUUUAUUGUUGUGAAUGGUAAAAAAUACUCCUUUGAAGAUACUUACUCAGAUAUACCACCAACAGGUUUUGUUGACUUAUUUAAUACUUUAAGUACGGGUGUAACAUGUGCUGCAACUAGAGCAGGUUUCAUUAUGUUUGGAUGUCCGACUGAGUUUACUAUAAACGAUAUGAGCUAUAA